CUUUAAUGAAAAAGUUGAGGUUAUUGAUCUAAGAAAAACUGAAUUACAAAAACUAGAACAUGAAUUAGAUCAACUAAUUCAACAGCUUUCUAUUACAAAACCACUUUCUGCACAUGAAAUUAUAUCCAUUGAUGAUGAUUUUGAGCAAGAAGAGAAAUUAUGGAUGUGGAUUAGAGGAUAA